UACGCUUCUCUCUGGUUUUUCUCUCUCUCUCUCAAAUUUGUUUUUCUUUCUCCUCCUCCUCAUUUUUUCUCUAUUCUUUCCAGAAUUUUCAUAUCCAUUGCCCUUUUAUUUCUCUCUGUUCAUUCCAUUUGAACAGCAGUAGAUUUUGGGCCACAAUUUCCACUCCUAUCUUGGUUUUUUCUUUCUUUUUUUCCCUUUUUCGUUUCGAAUUCGUUGGUUUUGAAGCUCUCGGGCUCUUGAUUCUCUUCGAGACGUUUUGUCUUGAUUGAAUACAGGGGCUGGAAGCUUUCUGAUUGCUCCGGAUUCCAACUCGGAAUUGGCUUUGUGAUGUUUGAAUUCCCUCGCUGAUUUGACUUCGCGCUCCGUUGAAUCGACGAGGAUCGGGAGCUUUGCUAGAAUGCUGCGUUUGUCCAUGUCGAUUUGAAGUGCGUAGGGACUUCGUUGUUACUGAGAAUGAAUUGCUGUUGAGAUGGGCAGUUCGAAGACCUAGAUUCUCGAUAUUCUGCGCUGUUAAGGAAGUGGGAAUCAUUUGGUUUUGGAACCCUUUCUCUUUGGGCAAAACGAUUAUUUCAUUGAAGAGGUUGAUAAAAUGACACCCAUUUUGAACUAUGUUGUGUCCAAAUGGCAAGCGUUGUCCACUUCUGAUCAUGCCUCUGUGGUUUCCAUCAACUUAUUUGUGGCACUUCUCUGUGCUUGUAUUGUGAUUGGUCAUCUUCUUGAGGAGACCCGAUGGAUGAAUGAGUCGAUCACUGCACUCUUGAUUGGUAUGUUUGCUGGAAUAGUCAUUUUACUGGUCAGUCGUGGGAAAAGUUCGCAUUUGUUGCUUUUCAGCGAAGAUACAUUCUUUAUUUAUCUUCUACCACCGAUUAUAUUCAAUGCGGGGUUUCAGGUGAAAAAGAAGCAGUUCUUUGUCAACUUUAUGACAAUUAUGCUGUUUGGUGCAAUUGGUACAUUAGUCUCGUGUUUCAUCAUCUCGUUAGGAGCUUUUCAGUUCUUUAAGAAAAUGGAUGUUGGAUCACUGGACAUUGCUGAUAUUUUAGCGAUUGGAGCUAUAUUUGCUGCAACGGAUUCUGUAUGCACGCUUCAGAUAUUAAGCCAGGACGAAACCCCUCUACUCUACAGUCUCGUAUUUGGGGAAGGCGUGGUCAAUGACGCUACGUCUGUGGUGCUUUUCAAUGCUAUUCAAAGCAUAGAUCUCAGCAACAUUGAUGCAAGAGUUGCUAUACAUUUUCUUGGGAGCUUCUUUUAUCUGUUUUCGACGAGCACUCUACUUGGAGUGUUUGUUGGGCUGCUGAGUGCUUAUAUAAUCAGAAAGUUAUAUUUUGGCAGGCACUCGACAGAUCGUGAGGUCGCUCUUAUGAUACUCAUGGCGUAUCUUUCGUAUAUGCUGGCUGAAUUACUAGAUUUGAGUGGCAUUCUCACAGUGUUCUUUUGUGGAAUUGUAAUGUCACAUUAUACCUGGCAUAAUGUGACUGAGAGCUCAAGAGUUACCACCAAACACGCGUUUGCUACCUUAUCCUUCAUUUCCGAGUCAUUUAUCUUUGUUUAUGUUGGCAUGGAUGCAUUAGACAUCGAGAAGUGGAGCUUUGUUAGUGAUAGUCCGGGGACAUCGGUUGCUGUGAGUGCAAUGUUACUCGGCCUGGUUAUGGUUGGAAGAGCUGCUUUUGUUUUUCCAUUAUCGUUUUUAUCCAACUUAGCUAAAAAAUCAGCAGAUGAGAAAAUUACUUUCAGGGAACAAGUUAUCAUUUGGUGGGCUGGUCUCAUGAGAGGGGCUGUCUCCAUUGCUCUAGCUUAUCACCAGUUCACCAGAGCAGGGCACACUCAACUACGAGGGAAUGCAAUGAUGAUCACUAGUACCGUAACCGUUGUCCUCUUCAGCACGAUGGUGUUUGGAUUAUUGACCAAACCUCUUAUUAAGUGUUUGAUACCCCACCCGAAACUCACGACCAGCAUGCUAUCGGACCCUGCGACUCCAAAAUCAUUCUCGGUUCCGCUACUUGGAAGCGCACAAGAUUCAGAGCUGGAUCUUGACAAUCUCCAUGUUUCUCGUCCAACGAGUAUACGCGCAUUCCUUGCAACUCCUACGCACACUGUGCAUCGGUACUGGCGAAAGUUCGACGACGCCUUCAUGCGUCCAAUGUUUGGGGGUCGGGGGUUUGUUCCUUUUGUCCCAGGAUCGCCAACCGAAAGGGGAGGGCAUUGAGAACCCGCCCUCCCUCAGGACGCUCCAUAUAAUGUAAGAUAUGUAAAUCCAGAUGGAUAAAUUACUUCACCGUGUCAAGUUUUCGAGCAGCAGACAAGGGCAGGUGACGUGCGCAGUACAUGUUUGCCGAGAAUGUCAUGGAGCAUGGAGCAUGGAGCGGAGCAGUUGGAACGUGUUGCUUAUUCUCUCUUGCCUGGCUUUUGUGUUUGCUGCCCCCUUAUUUUUGGUACAAAUCAUUAUGGUUUGGUUUUGUGUUAUUGGUUGCAAGUUCUUUUGUUUUUUAUUUUUGUAAUGACAAUAUAGUGUGAAGGACAAUAUGGAAGUGGGUUAAAUUUUUGUAUUCUCAUUCUUUUUGGGAAGAGAAAAAUGUAAUGUGUGUAAGUUGGUUAUAUAAUUGGCUUUGUAGCCUUCUUAUGACCUCUUACUCAUUUUCUUUUUAGUGUGUAUACGUUUGUGUAUGCAAUGUAUAGGAUUUGAAUCUCCACUA